CGUGCCCCUGCAGUGCCUGGUGGUACCUUGUGUCAGCAUCUCUCCAGCCCACUAGCGCUGGGCUGAAACUGCACUGUCUCUUGCGAUGGGCGAGUGGAAACGUCAGGACUGAUGGAUGACACGAUGAACUCUGCCGCAAGCGGCGCUGCGGAUUUUCCAGUGGCAGCAUCAGACAAUAGCACAGCGAGGCUGCAUCGGGCUCCCUCACCGACCAAAAGCCGGGAAUGCGCCCUAAAACCGGCCCAGAAAUCCUCCAGUAGAUCCAAAAAUAUAGUUUCCAAAGGAGGAUCGAGGAAUAAGGUGGGAAACGAGGGGCUUAGGACCGCUGUCGUGAGGGAGAAGGAAUGCGACGUGGAAGCUUUUCACUCGGAUGGUGCUGAAACCGAUGCUGUCAAUUGCAAUGCAAAGAAGGCGGAUGCUAGCAGAGAGGAAGGUACGGAGGAGAUAUUUCACCAGCCGAUAGAUUCUCAAACCCGUCGUUCCUCGUUACGUUUAUCCUGCCUCAAAGGCGAGUCUUCCCAACAUAUUGGGUCAUACCGGUCAGACGGCUCCAGCACGGCGGGUUCGGUGAAAGGGAAAGCGAAGAAGCGGGGAGGGGAGGCAGUGACAGCAUCAGCAGGCUGCCGCAGGAAUAGAAGCGGGGAAUACGUGGGCUGCGUGCCGGGCAUUGGUCUGUGGAGCGGGGGUUGCUUGCAGACUGAACUCAUCCACUUCCACCUACAUAAGAAACUGAAGAGAAGCGGCAGUAAGAUGCACACCAAGGCAGAAAGGGCUCCGGGCGCGGAGGCCUCGGCCGAGACGGAACCGGCUACAGAGGCCAUAGAGGCGGAGCCCGUGACACAGCAAGACGAGGGCCCGGAGGACGAGCUGGAGAGACUGGUGGAUGAGAAUGAAGAUCUCAAGACGGAGAUCGAGGAGAUGAGGACGGAGAUGGACGAGAUGCGUGACACUUUCUACGAGGAGGACACGUGCCAGCUGCAGGAAAUGAGGCGUGAACUGGAGCGAGCCAAUAAGAACUGCCGGAUCCUCCAGUACCGGCUGAGGAAGGCUGAGAGGAAGAAGCUGCGCUACGCCCAGACAGGAGAGAUCGACGAGGAACUACUGAGGAGCCUGGAGCAGGACCUGAAGGUAGCGAAGGAUGUGUCUGUGAGGCUCCACCAUGAGCUGGAGAAUGUGGAGGAGAAACGUACAAAGACAGAGGACGAGAAUGAGAAACUGAGGCAGAAACUCAUUGAGGUGGAGGUGACCAAACAGGCCCUUCAGAAUGAGCUGGACAAAGUCAAGGAGUCACAGAAGAGAAGAGGAAGCAAGGAGGUUCAACGGUCUGACAAGAAGUCUGCCCAGACCCCAACAGAGGACCACAAUGAGGACCUCAAGUGCCAGCUUGCUUUUAUCAAGGAGGAGGCCGUGUUGAUGAGGAAGAAGACAGCUAAGAUCGACAAGGAAAAGGACCGGCUGGAGGCGGAGCUACAGAAGUACCGCUCCUUCUACGGGGAUCUAGACAGCCCCCACCCCAAGGGUGAGGCCGGGGGACCCCCCAGCACCCGUGAGUCCGAGCUGAAGCUGCGUUUGCGUCUGGUGGAGGAGGAGGCUAACAUCCUAGGGAGAAAGAUUGUGGAGCUGGAGGUGGAGAACCGGGGACUGAGGGCCGAGCUGGACGACCUCAGGGGAGAAGGGGAGGGAGAAGGGGGGUCCGGUGGCGGGGCUGUGGGCAGGGUAGGGGUGGGCCGGGGCCAUGGGGAGGCCAUGACAGAGCUGAGGCAGCAGCUGCAGCUGGUGGAGGACGAGGCAGAGUUACUGAGGAGGAACCUGGCAGACGCUGAGGAUCACAACAAGAGGGUGAUGGGAGAACUCAACAAGCUAAGGUUUAAGGCUGGGACCCACGAGGGAGGAGCGAGGCAUGGAGGAGGGGUGGCAGGAGGAGGAGGACUAAGCACAGAGAAGGCAGAUGCACUGCAGGAAGAACUGAAGACGGCCCGGCUACAGAUUAAUGAUCUCAGUGGGAAGGUGAUGCAGCUGCAGUAUGAGAACCGUGUUCUGCUCUCCAACAUGCAGCGCUAUGACCUGGCCUCCCACCUGGCCCUGAGGGGGUGCACAAGCCCCCGGGACAGCGAUGCAGACAGUGACGCGGGUGGGACCGGCCCAACCGUGCAGCGCGAGAGUGAUGAUGACUCCUCCUCCUCCCGCAUCCUGCCCCCGCACCGCAAACGCGAGGGCCCAGUGGGCGGGGAAAGUGACUCAGAUGAGGUGCGGAACCAAACCCGCUGCCUCACACCCACCCGAGGUCUCUACACACCGCCCCCAGAGGUCGCCGCCCGCUUCCUGCCCCGCAGCCCACGGGAUCGCCAGCAGAUGAUCGACAUCCGGGUGGAGGCGGAGCGUCUUGGCAGGACCAUCGACCGGUUAAUUGCUGACACAGCAACCAUCAUCGCAGAGGCGCGGGUGUACGUUUCCAAUGGUGACCUGUACGGGCGAGGCAGCGGGGGUGAGGAGGAGGAUGAGGGGGGUAGGAUCAGGGAGCAUGAGCUGCUGUACAGGAUCAAUGCCCAGAUGAAGGCCUUCAGGAAGGAGCUACAGGGCUUCAUAGACAGACUGGAGGUGCCCAAACCUGAGGACAGGGAGGAGGAACCACUUUCGAUGUUUCAGCCCAUAAUUUUACUCAUCCUCAUACUAGUCUUAUUCUCCUCCCUCUCCUAUGCCACCAUCUUUAAACUUGUCUUUCUGUUUACCCUUUUCUUCGUCCUGUGAUCCCGCCUCAAUAGCAUAGCCACAUCCUUUGUUUGUUUGUUUCUGUUGAUUUUUACAUUGGUUGUCAAGGUCAAUGCACAGGAGCCUCCCUAUUCAAGCACAGGCCACAGUCACAUAACUGGAUUUACAGUAUGCUUAUGUUCAACACUGGAGACUACAUUACCCACUACCCACCACUUCCUUCAUCACCCCCCCAAGUAAAGUCUUUUUCAGAUUUAGCCUAUAGGUCUACAUUAAUCAACGAUUAUGCUGCUUUUACCUCAAAAAGUUUUCCUCCAACAUUUCCACACGUUGGUGACCCCAUCAAGACAGAAAGACGCUAGGAAGUUGAAACAGAAAAAGAGAGGAAGUUUGUGACAGGAAGUAAGAAGCUGCUGCAGGAAGUGGCCCAAAAUGGAGGCCAUCGAACUACAGCAGAGUCUGAAGCGGUCUGGAAGGGGCUGGGGAACAGAGAGGGGGGAGCUUCUGGACAGCUUCGACUCAGAGAUGCAGGAAUGGGAGGACCAGCUGCAGGACAUGCAGAGGAAGAUAGAGGAGCUUUACAACGAGGUGCAGGCUCGUAGAGGUGGAAAUUAUGUCACCAUGGACAACAGCAUAAAUGAUAGGAUGAUUGAUUGCGGCCGUGGGCAUCAUGACAAUGGCUUCUGUGACCCGUAUGGCAGCCACAUCAACGCCACCAAGGACCACCCCAGUGCUGUAGAUCCUUUUAACCACGGCCCCAACGGUUACGGCUACCCUGUCAACCAUCAGAAUGGCGGCUAUGGUUAUCCCCUUAGCAACAGUGCGGUGGAACUUGGAGACUUGUUGCAGGAUUAUCUUGGACAUGGUCACGGAAAGACCCGGAAGACCAACUCCGCUAUCAACAAUCAUCUGAAGGAGAUCACUAAAGGGAGCCAGGAUCAGUCGGUACACCAGGAUGAGAUGAAGAGGAGGCCUGUUGGGAAUGAAAGGAUUAGUAAGGUGCGGUUUGCGGACGAGGAGGCUGAGAACAGGAAGAACAGGGUGUCACACAGAAAGAGUUCCCCUUGCAGGGACCUUAACAAGGAGAACACAGGGGCCAAUCCCCCCCUUAGACAGCGAGAAGGUCCUCCCAUACCCCCCCGAUCCACCUCCCAGAUGGCCCCUCCCGACACCUUCUCCCCAGCCCUGGACAGGAUGUCCAAUGCCCCUGGGGUCCUUGUGGACAGGAAGUGUAGUAGCCCCUCGGUCCUCAGAAAGUUUGGAGCCAUGCUCCAGGAAAACGAGGGCAAAACCCUCACUGAUACCGGUGUGUUGACCAACCAGGUGCCUACCGAGAACAAGUGCCCCACCGCCAUCUGUCAGCACAAAGGGCUGGGCGGCAGCAGGACGACUGGGCGCGUGCCUGUCCAGAAGUGCCAAGCAGAUUCCGUCGUGCUAACAGCGAGGAUGGAUUGCAGCCAAGAACGAGGGGCAGUGAAAGACUUUAGGAGAGAGAGCCAGCUGGGAGAGGGCAGAGGCACCUCAAUGGCUAGCUAUGCUCACCCUAAAGGACUCCAUGCAGGGGUUCAGAGGAGGACCCAGGUAGGAGGCAGCCCCAAGCCCAAAGCAAGGGCUCUCGGAAGGGCAGACAGAGACAUGGGUCUGGUCCAGGGGGAGAGGGCCAGGAGGCCUGCACCCCAGCCUGGGGAACUCAGAGUGGACUACAGGAACCUGAGUGGAUCCUAUGUUGGGGCUCAGAUGAUCCAGAGGGGAGGGCCAGUUGCAGGUCAGAAGAAGGACAAUGGACUCAUUGAGCUACUAGAUAUGCUGGACAUUGAGCACGAGUACAGCUCCUGCCCCCAAGCCGCACAGACUGCCUACAGACAGGACACACAGCAGAUGAGCCCAGCCGACUCAUUCUCAGCAACCCCCACAAGGAACUUCUCUCGUCCUGCUCGUCCAGCUAAUCAACGUCCUCCAUCCAGGUGGGCUUGCUGUGCCCCCACCGCCUUGAUCUCUGCCCCCUCCGGCCCAAUUUCCCACCCCCCAAGCACCUUGGCACGCACUCCUAGCCCGAUAGCAAGAACCCCAAGCCCCGCCCUGAAGCAGCAAUCUUUCUGCUCCUAUUUGCUCCACACUGAGACUGCCAUCAUGUGAGACACCUGCCCCGCCCCCCUCUAAACCCUGCCUCUCCUCCACAAAUUCAACCCACAGGACUCAGAUGACAUAGUCCUGCCCUCUCUGUAAAUACUAAAGACUGUUCCUUCUAUCUGGCUUUAAAAAAAAGUGCUUUAAGAAAUUUUCUAUGAGAUUACCCACAUGACUGUGUAUGUGUGGUCUAUAAGAAACAGAAUAGUUGACUCUUGUUCAGUCUCCAGUGUUACUGUGGCCUUCCCUUCUCCUGUGCCAAACUUCUUUACGUCUUUAUUUCUUUCACUCUCUUAACUUCUCUACCUUUCUUUCUUUUGUAUUGGUCAUUUUUGGAUGGCUGUGUAAAAUGUGAUAUAGCAUGCCCCCUUUUACUUGCGGGUGCAUGUCCCUUUAUGUAUGUAACUCAACCCUAAUAAGGGCCAUGUUGGCUUGUUUUUAUAAAUGGCCAACAAGUCAAUUCAGAGUUGAUCCGGUCCUGUCAACACAGAAGCAACAUACUAACUGUCUAUAGUAUGUUUUACUGUAUCAUAUUAUCAAAGUAACGCAUUUAAAAAUGUUCAAGUAACCAUAGUGAGACAUACAGUUAUGACUGUGAUGCUUUUCAUGUCCUUUUUUCUCUCUUGAUAAGAAAUAAACACGACAGUGCUUUGACGAA